GCAUUAUUGUUGCCGUGUUUUUCGAGCUCGUGGAUAUCGUUUCUUUGUUAGAACCUGUUUUGUCUGUCAUCAAACUUUCUGUUUUUCCCAUAAAACGAGACCUGAUUUGGAAUGAUUCGAAUUCCUUCCUACGAUCAAGUCAAACAGUGGCUCUAUUUGCAUGGUCCCAAAUCUAACUGGCAGCAGCUCUUAGAAGACAACGAUCUCCACAAUGACGUUUGUUUCCUUUAUGCCAGCGACGAAGAAGUUGUUUUCAAAAUUAUAGAAACACAACAAAUUUUAGUUUUUCCUUAUUGGAAGCUAAAAGUAUAUCCCAGAUGGCAUUAUCUGGAUCGGGACUCUUUCUUCGAGUUAUUGGAGCGAGAUUUGCUAAAGUACUGUUUUGCUUCAGUCAAUCCCAAAUAUCUUCUCAUUGAAGACAGUUUUGGAAAUUUGCACAAGCUGUAUUGGUCUGACCCGGAUUUUAAGAUUGAGACCACCUUUCAUCUUUUCAGGGCUCAACAAUGACGUUUUUUAAUUUCUUUUUCAAUGCAUUUAAAGCCUCUCUUUUUGUAAAUAAAUGCACUAAGUAUUCG